AUGGCGGCGGCGGCUGCCACCUCCUUCGCCACCCUCGCCGUCGCGCGCUCGGCGGGGCAGCGGUCCCUCCUCGCCUCCAAGGCCGCCCCAUCGCCGCUCCUCUCCCUCCGCGGCGCCAGCCUCCCCUCGCAGGCCGUCUCCUUCUCCGGGGGACUCGCGGCGUCGCCCUCCCACAGCCGCGCGCGCUUCGCAACAUCCGCCAGCGCCGAGCCCAAGGAAGCAGACCUUCAGUCUAAAAUCACAAACAAGGUGUACUUUGACAUAAGCAUUGGGAACCCUGUGGGGAAGAAUGUUGGGAGGAUUGUCAUCGGCCUGUAUGGGGAUGAUGUUCCACAAACAGCAGAGAACUUCCGUGCUCUUUGCACUGGAGAGAAAGGGUUUGGAUACAAGGGAUCCAGUUUCCACCGUGUCAUCAGCGAUUUCAUGAUUCAGGGCGGAGAUUUUGACAAGGGCAACGGUACCGGUGGGAAAAGCAUAUAUGGACGCACCUUCAAAGAUGAGAACUUUAAAUUGGUUCACACUGGACCUGGAGUGGUCAGCAUGGCUAACGCUGGACCGAACACCAACGGCAGCCAGUUUUUCAUUUGCACUGUCAAGACACCUUGGUUGGACGGAAGGCAUGUUGUGUUUGGCCAGGUCCUGGAAGGGAUGGACAUCGUAAGGUUGAUCGAGUCACAGGAGACUGACAGAGGUGACCGCCCGAAGAAGAAAGUAGUCAUCAGCGAGUGUGGGGAGCUUCCAGUGGUCUAA